AAACUGUAAUCCCCGUUCUCAAGGAAAACAGAAGAAGAGGAGAGAAGAUGGUGGGAGUAAGAAUUUGGAAACUGGGCGAAUUGUUUCCCUGUAUUUUGAGAAGAAUUUCUGUCCUUCCAAUGGAAACUCUAGUCUCUGUUCUCAGACAAAGCAAGAGAAAUCUCACUCCAAUAGGAAGAGGAAGAAGAGGAGAGAGGAUGGAGAAACUGUGCGGGUUGUUUCCCCUUAUUUUUCAAGGAGCAUGUGCCGAGAAGGUGAAGCCAGCAACGAUGAAUCUGGUCCGAGUUCCCAUCGUAAAGAAAAGAAAUCCCAUUCCAAGAAGAGAGAAGAUGGUGGGAGGAAGGGUUUACAAACUGCCCAAGUUGUUUCCCCUUAUUUUCACAACAGAUUCCGUUCUUGUUCCGAUAGAAAUGGCAACUCUAGUCUUGAUUCCGACAUAAAAGAACAGAAAUCUUGUCCCAGGAGGAGAGAACAUGGUGGGAGGAAGGAUUUAGAAACUGGACGAAUCGUUUCCCCACACUUUCAGAAGAAUUCCCACCCUUCUUCCGAUGAAGGUGGCAACUCUAAUCCCCAUUCCCACACAAAAGAAGAGAAAUCUCUUUAUGAGGCGAUAGAAAAUGGCAGGAGGAAUGACACUGUCCCUGUGGACAAGGAGAAGAUACAAUUAUCUGAUUCCUUGAUUAACACAAGGCUAGGUCCUCUUGCUGCCGCUAAUAAAAGCAGACAAAAUUCCUCAACUACUUACGGAGGGAAAGAUCUUGAUGAAAUGCUUUCAAAUUACACGUAUAAAGGUGACGGGCAUUCCAAGGCCAAGGAGGUUCCUGAACCACCUCCAUUGGGGAAGGAUAUGAGAUCCCAAAUUCUAGCCAAUCAAGUUGUAAAGGCGCAAGGGAAUGAGCUGGAAAUCAAGAAUGUUAGAAAUGGGGAUAAGAUCCAGACCUCAACAGGGCUGCAGGAGUUGGUAAAUGAAGGUGAAGUCAAGACAAUCAAACGAACAAAGCCUUGUCCCAAGGUGUUAAAGGUCUCUCCCUACUUCCAGAACACACCUAGGGAGGAAGACAAAAAAGGACAGAAAAAGGUAGGAAGGCCUUGUCAGCUUUCUGCUUCUGAGAAGCGUGAUGAGGCUUAUAAAAGAAGAAGCCCAGAUAGUCCAUGGAGGCCUCCUCGAUCUGAGUUUGGUCUGCUCCAAGAAGAUCAUGUCCAUGACCCUUGGCGGGUUUUGGUUAUAUGCAUGCUUCUUAACAGAACAACUGGUCGCCAGGCUGAAAAAGUUAUAUUAGACCUCUUCACUUUGUGUCCGAAUGCGAAGACUGCUACUGAGGUUGACACUGAGGAGAUAGAGAAAGUCAUACAAACUCUAGGACUACAGAAGAAGCGGGCAGCAAUGAUACAGCGCUUCUCUCAAGAAUACCUUGAAGAAAGCUGGACCCAUGUCACUCAGCUGCAUGGCAUUGGAAAGUAUGCAGCCGAUGCAUAUGCAAUAUUCUGUACAGGAAAGUGGGAUCGAGUUAAACCUGCUGAUCACAUGUUGAAUUAUUAUUGGGAAUUUCUCUGCACUAGAAAAAACACCACGGUCUAGAUUUUUGUUCUCAUUUUUUUACUAGGACUAACUUAGUUGCUGUUUAGGCGAAUGUGUAGAGAAGUUUAGCAAAAAGCACUUUUUAUUUAAUCAAAAUUUCUUGGUUAGAAUUGAUGACAAAAAGAAGGAAACUAGAAUGGGGGAAUUCUAUUUGUAAGAAAUAUCGUUAU